GGCAUAAGACACCAGUUUACCAUUUCUAUAAAUGAUAAGGCAGAGAUGAAGAAUGAUUUCAAAAGUCAUAUUUCAAGGAAGAAGAUUCCUGGAAGUCCGACAGAUAUCAUCGAUCAAAAUAUUUCAACAGGAGAAAUGAAUGAAGAUAAGAUCAGCAAAAGAAUUCAGAAAUCUUUGAUUCCAUCCCAAGAAAACCAGAAAAUAUAAUUGAGAGGGGGAACCAGAGUGCUAUGGAGGAAAACCGGAAUAGCCCAAAUGAUAUCAGCUCUGUUUGGAGUAGAUCCCCCAUGGCCAAUACCUCUAAGAUAAAACGAAGCCGUCAGAUGGCCAGAACAAGAAUGGAAUCGACAAGUCAAUUAUCAGACCUAUCAAAGAAUCAAAAUAAUUCACAUGAAGAAACUCUAAAAGCUUCCAACAAUCCUAAAUCCGGCUUCCUUAGAAAAAGACAAGUGAGAUUGAAAAGAGAAAGGAUCCAACCCCAAAAACCGAGUGGACACGACUUCAACUUCAUCAUGAAGAACAAGACUGCUUUGGCUAAUAAAUACCUUAACGAGAGAGAUCAGACCAAUCUACCUGCUACAAAUCCUAUCCAAAGAAAGGUAAACCCGAAGGCAAACAAGAUUUAUGAGAUUAAUCAGAAAUUAGUGAAGCUGCAAAGACAAGAGAAGAAAGAAAGGGAAACUAACAUCUCCAAAGAGCAGACUGUUCAUUUGGAAGAUCGUGGCAUUGAUAAAAGAUUCCAGUCAGGAAGUCCUGAGACUAACCUCUCUGUAGAACGCACUGAUGGGAAGGCUAGUCCUGAUAAAACCCCUAUCCAUCAUCCGAAAGAUAUUCUGAAGAAACUUUAUUUCUUCCAUAAUGAUAGAGGAAAGACUCCUGAGGAAGACACAGUAGAUCAGAAAUAAAGCUAUUGUCAAGAUUAAGAAGAAAAAGAAGAAGAAGAGUAGUCGCAUGACCAACAAUUUGCCAGCCACCACUAAAGCAGUUGAUAGAAGAGAUUUUGGGAGGUAUGAAGCUUUGAGAAGGAAACCUUCUAAAAAGAAACCAGGCGCAAGUCCAAUCUCUGAGAGUAUCCUAGAGAAUGAUUUUGAUGCGGUGCAUCAAAUCCUCGCUAACAAAAAUAUCAGCUAUGGAUAUGGAGACUCCAAGAACCGUGAAAAAGUGCUGAAAUUUAUAACAGAUUUGAAAAAGCAGCAAACAGAACAAAAGGAGAAAACUGUGACAAACCUUAAGGAGAGGAUGAGCAACAUUGACAACUUGAUCAACGGUCUGGAGAAUGAUUAUUCCCAACUCUCAUAUGAGAUAGAUGUGUUCAAGGAUAAAUAAGAACGAAGCCAAUCAAGACCAACGUAGUGAGGAAGAGUACCAAGAGCUCAGGGAUUUCAUCGCAGAUUAUGAUGAAAACCAUGAGCUUUAUCAAACACCUGCAGAAAUCGGAGAUUUCAUCAAUGGUUUAUGGAAAACCCAAGAUGAGAUUGAGGAAGAAAUGGAAAAUGAACGCCAAGAAUACCAAUGGGAUAUGCGAAUCAUGGAAAAUGAGCUUCGACAACGAAUCCAAUGGGAGCGCAACAAAAGCACAUUUUAUAUAGAUGCACUUGAAGCUGCUCUUAACGAAACUAAAAUGACCAAGAAUUUAGAAAUAGAACGGCUCAAUGCUAUUAUCGCAGAUAUGGAAUCGCAUAAAGUACGAGAAGUGAUUGAAGAUGAAGAAAUCAACAAUCUCCUGAAGAUAGACCAUUCUCUUGAAUGAAUGAUUAUAACAGAUGCUCAUGACAUGAUAUCGAAAAUGAAGAAUGCACUAAGGACCAUUUAUUUCUCCAAUAAGUCUCUUUCAAAUCAGUUAAAGACAUCCCAAAGAACAGCAUUUGAGUUGUUCCAUAUGCGUGAUAAACUGCUUGAAACGUAUAUGGAUGUCCUUGAAGAGAAAUGAUUCUACCAAGAAAAUAUAGUCAAGCUCUUUUCAAGUCUUUCUAUCGAGAGCAAAUAAAGUCACUAAGGAAGUCUUGGAGUCAAUCGAAAUGCAAAAGAGAGUCCUUAAGAAUAGCAUGGAACCAGUCUUUAAGAACAGUAUUCAUGAUAAGGUUAGCAAAAUGACUAUUUCUGAUAUUCCUACGCUGUCCUCUGAUGAAUACAGGAUGAAAGGGUUUAUUGAGGAAGUAGAGAACCUUCAGUAUAUUUUGAAACAAGUAUUCGCAAAAUCCAAUCUCAAGGAUUACACCAGAACAAUGUCUAUAUCAUUCGCCAGUACUGUUGAGUACUGUAGAGAGCUAAAGGAGCUCAUGGGUGAGACAGUUAAUUCCGAUGGGAAAAGCAGCCAUCGGCUUAAAAGAAUCCAAGAAAAAGCUUCCUCUUCCCAUCGUAAAGAAAGAAGUAUUAGCAAUGCUAAAAAGAUUAAAAGGAAAACCACCCAUGGGGUUGAAAGUGAUGGGUCUGAUGAAGUAAACUCUAGCCGCAUAAAGGAUAAAUUGAAUCAAAUAAAUCAUGGUAGCCCAGUAAUCAUCCCUGUUGAGCUUGAAAAGCCAACUAAACAAAUGAGUAAACCAAAACUUAGAACCCGAGGAGGCCUCAAUGAAGGAAAUAUGCAUAAAAUAAGAGGCUUGAAAAAUAUUACUACCAGAAUGAGCCAGGAUCAGAAGAUCCAACACCUUAUAGGAAAAAUAGAGGAUAUAGAUCUGAACUCUUCUUCAGCUUCAGAAAAAGAUUUCAAAAUUAAUAUGAAAUUUAGUAGGAAAACGUUAAACAUCAAGAAAUUUGUCAAGAACCAGCUGGUUCAGACUGAAGAAAAGUAUGUAUCCCAGAGAAGAAAGAAGAGAUCCUCUAUUGCAGCAAGUUCUGGUGCGGCUAGAAGAAGUUUCAAAUUCAAAUAAAAAGAGGAGUAAAGACUCUUUCAUUUCCUCAUCAAUGAGCUUCAUUGAUGAGCUGGAUAUCGGUGAUGGAGAGACACCUAAGAAUGAUUAUAUCUUUUUGAAUUCUGAGCUUCUGCAAAAUGUAGAUGACCUUGUCAACAAUAAAUUCAAAAAGAGUGAAGGCUUCAAGUUCUCCAAGGCCAAACUUAAGAGAAAGAAGUUUACAAAAGCAAGUGCAUUUUCAAAGGGAAGUAGUUUUGCGAUGAAAUCAAAAGAUUUGAAACCAUUUAAUUUUAACAAGUCUUUAUCCAAUUUCUCUCAUGAAGGUUCUACUAAUUCUGAAGCAGAGGCUGAAAAUAGCAGGAUCAGCUCUUCAGAAGUGAUUAAAAUUAUCGAAAAAUUAUAUGAAAAACUAGUCGCAUGCCUAGACAAUGCCUUAAUGAGACAGAGGUUUGAGAACUCCUUCAAGAGUAAUUCUACAGAAAGCACCAAGAAGGUUAAUAAAUCUCGACAAGAUAUUUUUAAGGCAAAGAUGGCAAUUAUAAAAACUAUUAAGAGAAGCACUCAGGCCUUGUUCAUGAAAUAUUCCAUCAGAGAGCGUGCCAUGAAGCACUUCUUCAAGAAUCUAAGAAACUUAGUGGAGAAAGAAAGCAAAGAUAUGAAAGUCGAUGCAAGCAGGAACAUUAAGGUCAUCUUCAAGGAUAUCCUUGAUGGAGACUCCUUUAAUCUAAAGAAAAUCAGGAAUUACUCAGAAGAAGCCAGAGGCCUGAUUGGAAUUGAAGAAGUCAGUAGUAUUUCGAGUAAUGAUGAAAGGUCGUUGACUAAGAAUAAGAGUUACCAUACUUUGUACUCUGAUGAUCAGGAGUCACAUACUUCGCAAAGUGCCAAUAAAAGGAAUAGCUUCCAGAAUGAGCAAAUCAGAAUGCUAGCAGGGUUAAAGCCUACAACAACUAUUGUAAAAACACAACCUGCAGAGAUCCAAUGAGGUGUAGAAACCUGUGAUAAAGAGACUAUCACUAUUUUGAAAAUAAGGGCUAAUGAUGUAGCUUGGGAUGAUAUCGACCUCAAAAAUGAUACUGGGAAGGAAGCUGCUAAAACUAUGAUCGCAUUAGAUUGAUAUCUUGACUCUAUAAACAUACACGACAUGGACCCAGAUCUAUCACAGGAUAUGUCUAAAUUAAACCUCCAUGGAUCCAUAGAUGCUAGCAUGCACCGAGAAACACCCUUAGAAUGUGUGAAGGAAGAAAGCCAUAGACCAAAAUUGAAUAGAACUACAUUCACUCCAUUUAUUCCUCCAAAAAUCUUAUCAGAGUCUUUAAGUACAUCAUUCCCAAAAUGAAAGCCAGAUAUUUAUGCGACAGGAGGAGGUUUCAAGCUGAAAGAAUUAUCAAAGCGACAGAAGCGUAACAGGAAUAAUUUCCUUAAAUUUUCUAACUCCCAGACUCGUCAUCGGUAUUCUCGAAGUAAUGUACCAAUGAACAGAUUCAGAGAGUACAACAACGGAAAUAGGUCUCUUUUUGAGAAUUACCUCGAAGCCCAGAUCAGAGUUGAUCAAUCACAAUUGUCUGGAAGGAAAUCAGGUUUUCCAGUAGUCCAUGCAAGGAAUAGUUCAUUAUAA